UGGGCUUCAAGCAUUGAGGCCACGCCCCUAUUCUGCAUUCUAGUGCAGCCCUGGUUACGCCUCCUCUGGCUCAGUCACACAGCGACGUAGAGGUGACUGGAGGUGUAUAGUUGUCCUCACCUGGAUCAUGCUGAUGUGGCCCCAACCCCACAUCCCUGACAAUCCCCACCUCCCUACCCAUCCCCACCUCCCUACCCACCCUCACCUCCCUACCCACCCCCACCUCCCUACCCAUCCCCACCUCCCUACCCACCCCCACCUCCCUACCCACCCCCACCUCCCUACCCAUCCCCACCUCCCUACACACCCCCACCUCACUACACACCCCCACCUCCCUACACACCCCCACCUCCCUACCCACCCCCACCUCCCUACACACCCCCACCUCCCUACACACCCCCACCUCCCUACCCACCCCCACCUCCCUACCCACCCCCACCUCCCUACGCACCCCCACCUCCUUACACACCCCCACCUCCCUACCCACCCCCACCUCCCUACCCACCCCCAUCUCCCUACGCACCCCCACCUCCUUACACACCCCCACCUCCCUACCCACCCCCACCUCCCUACCCAUCCCCGCCCCCCUACCCAACCCCACCUCCCUACCCAACCCACGAUGUACAAAGAAACCCGACAGAACAAAUUGGCCGAGGCCAAGGAAAAGUUGAGAGACCAUCAUGCCCAGACCAACCCUAGUGUUGGUGCAGGAGCAAGUGACACCAAAAAGAAGAAAAUAAAUAAUGGCACUAACCCUGAGACAACCACUUCUGAUGGUUGCCACUCACCUGAGGAUAAACAACAGAACGGAGCUCAGCUGGAAGAAGAAAAGAAGGCAAACCACCAACAUCAGGAAGCUCUAAGGAGGGAGCUAGAGGCCCAGGUUCAUACCAUACGAAUCCUUACAUGUCAGAAAACCGAGCUUCAGACGGCACUCUAUUACAGCCAGCAAGCUGUCAAGCAGUUGGAAGGAGAGGCCAGGGAUCUGAACGGCCGCCUGCAUGAUUCAUGGAAGUUUGCAGGAGAGUUAGAGCAGGCUCUCUCUGCCGUCACUACACAGAAGGAGAAGGCGGAUAAGUACAUCGAGGAGUUAACAAAGGAGAGGGACACCCUGAGUCUGGAACUGUACAGGAACACCAUAACCGAUGAGGAGCUGAAGGAGAAAAAUGCCGAACUACAAGAAAAACUUCGACUUGUAGAAUCUGAAAAGUGUGAGAUCCAGCUCAACGUAAAGGAGCUAAAAAGAAAGCUGGAGAGGGCCAAGCUCCUGCUGCCACAGCAGCAGCUGCAGGCGGAGGCUGACCACCUGGGUAAGGAGCUGCAGAGUGUGUCAGCAAAGCUCCAAGCCCAGGUGGAAGAGAACGAGUUGUGGAACCGCCUGAACCAGCAACAGGAGGAGAAGAUGUGGAGCCAGGAGGAGAAGAUACGGGAGAGGGAGGAGAAGAUACGGGAGCAGGAGGAGAAGAUACAAGAGCAGGAGGAGAAGAUACGGGAGCAGGAGGAGAAGAUGCGGAGGCAGGAGGAGAUGAUGCGAGAGAAGGAGGAGAAGAUACGGGAGCUGGAGAAGAUACACGAGCAGGAAAAGAUACGGGAGGAGGAGGAGAAGAGGCAGGAGCAGGAGAAGAUACGUGAGCAGGAGAAGAGGCAGGAGCAGGAGGAGAAGAUGUGGAGGCAGGAGGAGAAGAUACACAAGCAGGAGGAGAAGAUACAGGAGCAGGAGGAGAAGAUGUGGAGGCAGGAGGAGAAGAUGCACGAGCAGAAGAUACGGGAGGAGGAGAAGAGGCAGGAGCAGGAGGAGAAGAUGUGGAGGCAGGAGGAGAAGAUACGGGAGCAGGAGGAGAUGUGGAGGCAGAAGGAGAAGAUGCACCAGCAGGAGGAGAAGAUACGGGAGCAGGAGGAGAAGAUGUGGAGGCAGGAGGAGAAGAUACGGGAGCAGGAGAAGAAGAUGGGGAGGCAGGAGGAGAAGAUAUGGGAGCAGGAGGAGAAGAUGGGGAGGCAGGAGGAGAAGAUACGGGAGCAGGAGGAGAAGAUGCACGAGCAGGAGGAGAAGAUGUGGAGGCAGGAGGAGAAGAUGCACGAGCAGGAGAAGAUACGGGAGGAGGAGAAGAGGCAGGAGCAGGAGGAGAAGAUAUGGAGGCAGGAGGAGAAGAUACGGGAGCAGGAGAAGAUGUGGAGGCAGAAGGAGAAGAUGCGCAAGCAGGAGGAAAAGAUACGGGAGCAGGAGGAGAAGAUGUGGAGGCAGGAGGAGAAGAUAAAGGAGCAGGAAGAGAAGAUGCACGAGCAGGAGGAAAAGAUACGGGAGCAGGAGGAGAAGAUGUGGAGGCAGGAGGAGAAGGUGCGGAAGCAGAAAGAUAUGAUGUGGGAGCAGGAGGAGAAGAUACGUGAGCAGGAGGAGAUGAUGCAGGAACAGGAAGAGAAGAUGGGGGAGCAGGAGGAGAAGAUGGGGGAGCAGGAAGAGAAGAAGCAGGAACAGGAGGAGAAGAUGCGGAGGCAGGAGGAGAAGAUGUGGGAGCAGGAAGUGAGGCUGCAGCACCAGGAGGAGAAGAUGCAGGAACUGGAGGAGCACCUGGAAGCUGCCAUCUACCGAGCAGAUGACAAGAACGCAAAAACAAUAAACAUGUAAAAGCCGGCAGCAAGGCCUGGAGAAGAGUAAGCCGCCACGUGACUGUUUAGAAUAGAGUCUGAGCAGAAACCUGAAAAAAACCAUUUAUUUAUUUUAAAUUGUGGCAAAAUACUGGCCAGGCGCGGUGGCUCACGCCUGUAAUCCCAGCAACUUGGGAGACCGAGGUGAAUGGAUGACCUGAGGUCAGGGGUUCAAGACCAGCCUGGCCAAUACAAAAAUUAGCCGGGCAUGGUGGCGCGUGCCUGUAAUCCCAGCUACUUGGGAGGCUGAGGCAGGAGAAUCGCUUGAACCUGCGAGGCAGAGGUUGCAGUGAGCUGAGAUCGUGCCACUGCACUCAAGCCUGGGUGACAGAGCGAGACUCUGUCUCAAAAAAAAAAAAAAGUUUCUUCCUUACAUGUAUGUUUCUAUUGUGUUUUUUCUUGGUCUUUCUCGUUUAGUCUUGUGUUGUCUUAUGGCAUUCCUAAUAAACUUUGUUCUGUCUCCAG